CGGCUCUGAUAUGAGGGAAGACCCAUCUGAAGAAGAGACUAGAGAAAGGGAGAGAUAACACACGCCUCACUCAUUUUUUUCUUCGCACAAUCGAUGAGAACACAAUCCGAGAAAAUUGAGCAAAGCUUUGCGUUCUCAAGAUAACCUUCGAAGAUUGAGGAGUUCAGAGACGAGACUUGUUGCUUGUACAAUAAGAUUUGAAAGAGCAGAGGGAGAGGAGAUAAUGUCAAGUGGCCGAAACACCCAUUGGUGUUACAAUUGCAGGCGUCCGGUUCGUCUGCAAGGGCGAGAUGCAGUUUGCCCAAGCUGCGAUGGAGGAUUUAUUCAAGAACUCAAUGAUAUGGUUCAUGUCAGUCCACUGGAUUUCUUUGGACUGGACAAUGAUGAUGAUCAUGACAGGAGGUUUGGGUUCAUGGAAGCUUUCUCAGCCUGGCAGCAAUCGACAGACAGAAGACGUAGCGAUAUCAGGGGAAGAUCAGAUAUAGCUCCUGAACGUAACCCGGCAUUUACUCCUCUGUUGAUCUUUGGUGGCCAAAUUCCUUUUCGACUGUCUGGGAAUGGUGCAUUCGAAGCUUUUUUCAAUGGCUCUCCUGGCAUAAGUGUGACGCGGGGUAAUGUGGGGGAUUAUUUUGUAGGUCCUGGCUUGGAAGAACUGUUUGAGCAGCUUUCAGCUAAUGACCGGCGAGGCCCUCCUCCAGCAUCCAGAGUUUCAAUUGAUGCAAUGCCUACUAUUAAGAUCACAAAUAGGCAUCUUCGUUCUGAUUCACACUGCCCUGUUUGCAAAGACAAGUUCGAGCUUGGAUCUGAAGCAAGGCAAAUGCCCUGUAACCAUCUAUAUCACACAGAUUGUAUUGUACCAUGGCUAGUCCAACACAACUCAUGCCCUGUUUGCCGCCAAGAACUGCCUCUGCAAGGAGCCGCAAGUGGUGGUAGCUCGAAUGGUCGAAGUAGAAGCAGUAGUUUUGGUAGCAAUACCAAUGGAAGGGAGGGUGGUAGAGAAAACCAAGGAAGGAGAAAUCCUUUCUCUUAUUUGUGGCCAUUUCGCUCAUCUGGUGCCAGCUCUAGCUCUAGCCAUACCCAUACCCAUACCCAUACCUCUAAUCAUAACCCAACAGCCGAAAGUAGCUCAUCGACUAUGCGUGAAAACAAUAAUCAGAUGGGGUAUUCAGGAUGGCCAUUUGAUUACUGAGGUUAUAAAGUUCACAAUACUGUUUGCUCUCCUCUUGUUUCAGAAUGUAGAGCUGCCAAUUGAACUAAGCAAAUUGCUUGUGGUGGUGAGUGUGGGUUUGAGACCCUGUUUUAGAAGAUGCCAUGCCACCACUCGGACUCGAACCGAGAUGCUCCAGCACUGCUUCCUAAGAGCAGCGUGUGGGUUUGAGACCCUGUUUUAGUGUUCCAGUAUGUUGUUAAAAGGUGUAUGAUGGUCUUUUGGUGUUUAAUAUGCCUCUCUUUCUAUGUAAAUGACUAUUUCCUUCUUUUGUGAACUGCUGUAUUUCUAAGUUGUUCUUGGCUUCCAUUGUAUGCUUCAUACUCGCUGUCUUGAUCGGUGUAAACUUUUUACCGUAGGAGGUUUUAAUCA